UGAAGAUAUUCGUGGAAAUUCGACCUUGCAUGGCGCAAAAGUCAAACCCUUUUCGCGGUGGGGACAACGUGGUUGGUUGGCAGCAGCGAGAGCACCGCACCCUGACGUGAGCUUGGCCGGCUGAGCUUGCUUGUGUGGUAGCCUCCAGCUCCAGUGCCCACGCAUUUCCGCUGCCACCGUCGUGUGAUCAACUGCCACACACACUCACAGAGAGAGAGAGAGAAAGCACCCGUGACGCUUUCUGUUAGUCUUGGGUGUGUUGCAUUGCAUUAUUACACAUCACCAACACACACACUCACAAGUGAAGCAGACUUUGGUGCCGCAGCACACCUACAGCACACCAACAGCACACCAACAGCGCCGCUCGGCUGUGACCAGUUUCCGCCUUGCUUGGAGAUGGGUUUCGAGAUGCCAGAGGGGUCAAAUGCGCCUUCCGCUGCCUUUGGCAUCAACAGUGCCGACGAGGAGCUGAUUGAGGAGAGCCGCUACCAGCAUGUGAAGAGCGGCUCUGUGGCCGUGCCACGACCCAGCGAGCACCCGCCUCGCUUCAGCUUCAAGACCUUGUGGGCAUACACGGGACCAGGAUGGCUCAUGAGCAUCGCCUACCUCGACCCAGGCAACAUUGAGUCGGACCUGCAAGCAGGCGCCAUUGCCGGCUAUCGGCUGCUCUGGGUGCUGCUGUGGUCAACCAUUGCCGGGCUCUUCUUCCAGGUGCUGUGUGCGCGGCUCGGCGUGACAAACGGGCGCCAUCUAGCGCAGGUCUGCCGGGAGGCGUACGGGCGCCCCGCCAAACUCACGCUCUGGAUCAUGAUGGAGAUUGCCAUCAUCGCCAGCGACGUCCAGGGCACGUACGCGGGCCAGUUUGUGAUGGAGGGAUUCCUGCGCCUGCGGUUGGCGCCGUGGAAGCGCGUCGCCCUCACGCGCUCCCUCGCCAUGAUCCCCACCGUCGUGAUCUCCGUAGUGACGAACAAAGACAUCCUCAACCUCAUGUUUGAGUGGAUGAAUGUCCUCCAGAGUUUUCAACUUCCGUUUGCGCUCUUCCCGCUCCUCCAUUUUGUUUCUGUUCGGGGCAUCAUGGGCGCGCGCCGCCUCAAGGGCGCUUUGCUCUACCUCGCGUGGACGGUGUGCGUGUUCCUGUUUGGCAUCAACACGUACCUCCUCAUCGAUACGCUCCAGCAAUACGCAACCACCUGGUACUACAUUGUGCUGGUUGUGCUGGUGGUUGUGCCGUAUCUCGGCUUCACCGUCUAUGUCAUCAUCGGUCCUCUUCUGCCGGUCGGAGGAAUGGCCCACUUUUACGAGAUGUGCCUGCCGCCGGUCAAUGCGUAUUUGCACGACGAUGACGACGAGUCCUUGGAGCCGGGACACAUGAGCGACGACGAAGGGGUCCCGCUCCUGGCGUGAAGCCGUGAUGCCGUGAUGAACGCGCCGGGACAUGGAAGGGGAGGAGCAGCAGGGGAGGGAAUACCAGCGACACAGCAGCAGCACACGCUUCAGUUGUUGCCCUUCCCCUUCUCCUUCUUACUCCUUUGUUUUCACGUCAUAUCGCCAGCUGCGUUUCUGCUAACGCACACACACACACACACACACACGCGCAUACACGCCUGCGCUUAUCACUGUCAUUUCUAUUCAACGACGGCACCUGCUCGUCUGUUUCAGCACAAACCGCCAUUCUGUUCGCUCAUGUUGAGCCCUUGUGCCCUUAUGCAAUCAUCGGUGACGUCCCUUUUUUCAUUUUUCUGAUCUCGUUUGUGUUCGUUUGGUUUUCCCGCUGCUGCACUGCUGCCAACAACAGCAGCCAUCAUCGCAUUUAUUUUCCUCACACACACACACACACACACAUUCCAAGGGCUGUUUCGUUCUUCCUCUGCUUUCCCUACUUUGUCUUUAUUUCCUCCUCCUCAUUUCCUCUUGACGCUCCUCUCCUUCCGCUUUCCAUUCUUGUUCUUGGGUUCUUGUUCUUGGCUGUGCUGUGCUGUGCGCACAACAGCACCCGUUUGUUCCUCCUCCGCUGUUUAGGUUCCGUCGCUUCGCUUAGCGUUCAGUCUAUUCGUCAGUUCUAACGCAUACCCCGCAGGAAUGACACGCGAA